AUGGGAGCGAAAUUAACAAUUGAAGAUUCUAUAUUUGAUAUAAAAUUAAAAGUAAGGGAACUACAGCGGCUCUCUCGUAAUAGAAAUGAUUUAUCCAAGUCUGAAAGAAAUAAAGCAAAGUUUGCCAUGUUAUCAGGAGAUACUGAAAUAGCGAAGAUUCAUGCUGAAAAUGCAAUUAGAAUGCAAAAGGAACGUACCGAUUAUCUCUUAAUGUCUUCAAAACUAGAUGAAAUUUGCUCAAGACUGGAAAAAGUUUCAAGGACCGAAACAAUAUCUAAAAAAGUACUAGAUGCUGUUUCAACAUUACAGAAAGAUUUAUCAGAUAAUAGAGUUAUUAUAGGUACUAGUAUAGAGAAAAUACAACAAAUUAGCUAUUUACUUGAUGAAAUUGAUACCAAACAGUCUAGAGCUACUGCAAAUUCAUCCGCAACUAAAGAAAGUAAAGAGAAUAUUCAAGAUGAUAUUGAGUCUCUUUUGCAGCAACUAGCUAGCGAACACUCAAUGGAAAUAGAACGAACUCUCUUAUUCGAUACUCUAUCAUUGAAAGAGGGGACUAGUGAAAAUGUUUCGAAAUGGGAGAAUUAA